AUGUUUUUAAUGAACAUGUUCGGUUCAAACAACAUGAACAAAACCAAGAAAAAAGGCAAGAAAAAAGUAGUAGUUUAAAACCAAGUAAAAAAUAACAUAAACCCUUUAAAAGAUGUUAAAAUAGUCGGUUAUUCCAAAAUCGGUUACGGUCCUAAAAAAACUGAAUGCCAAGAUUCAUAUUGUAUAACCGACAAACUAGCCGAAGACUGUUAUUUUUUCGCAGUUUAUGACGGUCAUGGAUCAUCAGGUAAAGAAGCCAGUUAAGCCGCGAACGAUUACAUAUAAACAUAUUUAGAAAAAAACCAAAAAAAAUUUAAAUAAUUAACCACAGAUAAAAGCCGAGAAAAUUUUUUAAGAGCCGCCUUUAAAAGUGCUGAAAGUAAACUUAAAUCCUCUGGUAUAGAUUAUUCGAAUUCCGGAACAUGUUGCAUUUCAGUUUUUGUUUAAAAAAAUAUGUGCUAUAUAGCUAAUCUAGGAGAUUCUAGAGCAGUUCUUUAUAGAACAACAAAUAAAGAAAAAUUAGCGAUAGAGCUUUCCUAUGAUCAUAAACCAACACGUCCAGAAGAAAAAGAAAGAAUUAUUAGAGCAGGCGGUAAAAUUGAAAAAUUAAUGCAUGAUGGAGUCCCUGUAGGUCCUUAUAGAGUAUGGGCAGAUGAUGAAGGUCCAGGUAUUGCUAUGACGCGUACAUUGGGAGAUUUAUAAGCUAAGAAAAUAGGACUUAUAAGUGAGCCAGAAAUACAACAUAUAGAAUUGACAAAAUAAGAUAAAUUUAUUGUUAUUGGCAGUGAUGGUGUAUGGGAUGUUAUGUAAUCUGCUGAAGUUGUAGGAUUUGUGGCUUAACAUAUAUAAACUGAAAGUCAAGAAUCAGUACCUGAAGCAAUUGUAUAGGAAUGUAGAAAUAGAUGGGAUGAAAUGAAUAAAAAUAAAAAAAAUUCUUCAAAAAUUGGAGAUUUGCCUUAUUUAAAAUUCGGUUGUGAUGAUAUUACAGCAGUUGUUGCUUUCUUUACUUUUAUAGAAGAUGAUAUUAAAUGA